AUGGUCUCCAUUACACGACACGAGGAGCAAGAUGACCUCGAAUCGGGUCAGCUCACCGAGACAUACGAUGAUAUAGAAAAAGGCGUCAGUGGAAAGCCCUCGAAUUAUUCCAAGCUGGGAUUUCGCGUCCUCCUAUGGACGCUAGUGAACAUCAUAUCGACAGUUGCAAUAGUUUUCACAAACAAAUCCAUUUUUUCAGACCCAUCCUUUCGCAACUGUCAGGUAUCCUUCGCGACUUACCAUUUCUUCAUCACCGGAGCCACUCUAUGGGUGGCCUCUCGAUCAUGGUGCAACCUAUUUGUGCCCAAGAAAGUCAACAUCCGUCAGAUACUUCCUUUAUCCGCCGCAAUGGGCUUCCAAGUCAUUCUCCAGAAUCUAGGACUCGCAAAUUCCUCCGUUAUGUUCUAUCAACUUGCUCGAUUACUACUCACUCCUGUGACCGCUUUAUUCAAUUAUAUCCUCUAUGGAGUUAGAAUUCCCCGAGCUGCCAUUGCCCCUCUGGUAUUGCUGUGCUCGGGGGUAGGCAUCGUCUCGUACUAUGACUCCAUCCCUAAGGACGAUGGCAAAACAAGCACCUCCGUCUGGGGUAUAAUCUUUUCCCUCUCGGGCGUUGGAGCAAGUGCCAUCUACACCGUGUGGAUCGGAUAUUAUCAUAAAAAGCUCGAAAUGAGCAGCAUGCAGCUUCUGUUGAAUCAGGCGCCAAUCAGCGCUGGAUUACUUUUGAUUACUAUUCCAUGGAUCGAAACACCCCCUGUUAGUGCGUACGUACCCAGAUCAAUGUGGUCUCUCAUUUUGAUGAGCGGCGUCUUUGCAUGCCUGGUGAAUCUUUCCGGGUUUUAUAUAAUUGAUGCUGCGGGCCCGGUGAGCAGUACUGUCAUUGGCCAGUUAAAGACCUGCGUGAUCGUGGGACUGGGAUGGGCAACAAAUAGUCAUAUUGUCAUGAGGCAGAGUAUGGUCGGGGUUGUGUUCGCGUUGUUUGGGAUGGGGUUGUAUAUGAAUAUUAUCCUGCGAAAGCAACAUGUAAAGGCAUGA